GCUUCAUAUUCUUUCAAUUUGAAUCACCCUCUCUUGGUUGCCCCGUCCGGUCUGUUUUUGUACCACUACCAAACAAAACACAGCGUUGUUUUUUCUUCCUUGUACACACACACUCCUUUGUGUCCAUUCCAGUCACUCUCUUAAACAUACCAGUUCCUUUUCCCACAAAAACCUGCUCGUUCUUCGCGCAACGUUGCCUGCGCCUUAACAACCCUCCACACCUCCAGACCUACCCCAAUCGAUCUUACGAGCUCUGCUUGCACGUUUUCAUCCUUACGAGUCAAUACCAAAACCAUCAUGAAGCCCUCCCUCGUCCUCCUCCCAACAUUCCUCUUCGCCGUACGCGCACUAGCAGACGUUCCACCCGCGUGCCUCCUAAGCGCAGUCAACACUCAAGACAACCCGACCGACUUCUCCUCCCUCUGUGGCGACGAAGCCACCGACGUACAGAAAGCCAUCAACAGCUUAUGCACCAGUACCAACAAAUCCGCCGCCCAAUCCGCGUUCAUCGCAACGUGCUCAUCCGCCGGGUCUAGUGUCGCACCUUACACCGCAACGUCUGCCGCCACAACCACUACCCCUUCAGGUUCAUUCGUCUACACGACCGUCGUCGACGGCAGCACAAUCGUCACAUCCGCCGGGACUAGUCCGACAUCCGGCGCAGGUGCCUCUGCAACGAAUUCGGCCGGCGAAUCUGCGGCGUCAGCUACAGGAAAUGCGGCUUCCGAGCAGCGACAGGUGGGCAGCUUUGCCGCGGCGGUGAUUGCGAUUGCGGGCGUCGUUGCGGUCUUGUAAAUUCAGCUCUUGGAGAAAGAAGAGGAAGCGAAGCGAAGCAAUACAAUGCGAGUGAUACCCCCAAUCUAUUCAGCGUGGAGUUGAACUUGGAAGGUCUAGUUGCGCGGGACAUCAUCGGACUGGCAUAGCCUGGGCGGAGGGCUUAAACACCGCAAGGUCAACUGUCAGAACCAUAGCAAGUGUGUAGGUCAUGUUGCAUGACAAUUCUAUCAUGGGAGCCUACUCCGUAGUGGCUCUACCUUUCUUGCAUGCUAGAGGACUUCCCACCCACAAUAAUGCCUGUAACAGUGCGU